AUGAGCCAAUUAGGCACUACGAAUUAUUCAAAUGUAUUACUUGAUAAUGAAAACAAUGGAAAUUUUUCAGAAUGUCUUUCUCUCGGUGGCGGUUUGAUAGUUCUGGCAUCAGCACUUUCAGACGCUUCCUACGAAUCGCCUACAAGAUACAGCUUUUCAUCAACAUCCGGCUCUACGGAGGAUAAUGGACUUCCGAAGUAUCAAUACGGCUGGUGUUUACAGCUUUCAGGACUUGCUUUAAUACUAGCUGAAAUUGCAGCUCUUCUAACCGUCUCAGGAUACAUGGCACGCUUUCCGACCGUCGAAGAAAUGUACAGAUUCAGAGCAUUUGAUGAUAUUAAACAUGUAACCUACGCAGACAACACUAAAAGCGAGUGCCUUCUGGACGCACCAUUGGGGUUUAACCGGUAUAACAGCAUGGCAGGUCAAACUGUCCCGAUCACUCUGAAGCACCAAAACAGCCCGACUGUAUCAGCAAUCCAAGCUCAGGCAAUGUACCAAAACUUCGGUACCAUCCACUCUGGAAUCCUCAGGGUAUCAGAACCCGGUACCAGCUCCAGCUCUAACUCCAGCCAGAGAAGCAUGACCCUGCAGAACCCCAAGAGAAAGUCUCAGAUUGCCCAGAAUACCUUCAGUACCCUCGAAUGCGAGAAGAGAAAGCCACGCGCGGCUGGAAUCGCCGGAAAGAUGAACUUCUAUACCGGUAGCACCGUAUGA